CUUCCAAUUGUUGCCUAGGCUUUCAAUCGCUAACCAAGGACCCACUCGCUAUCAAGGCUUCGGAUCGCUAUCCGAGCCACUACUUCGCUUACCCUUAUUCAUCAUCUCUAUUUGCCCACUGAAUCAAACAUCACGGCAAUCCAUUCGACAAUCAUGAUUCAGACCAGCAACGUUCGUGACCAAGAAGCGUCUUCCAAGCUUGUCGACUUCAUCACCCAGGCGCGGAUCCAAGGACCACAGCUCAUCGUCGAUGUCCAAGGCACCGAGUACUGCAUUAAGGCUAUUUGCGUCCUAAUUAUCUUCAUGCCUACAAAGAACCACCUAGCUACCAUAUUUGUCGACGGUCCUGACAUCCUCAUACGCCCCGGUACAGAUGGUACCACGAUCAAAGGUCUCCUUGAAAACCCCGCCAUCCCGAAAGGCUUUUUCGACGUCCGCAAAGCUUCCAACGCCUUUUACAAACACUUCGGCAUAACCCUUCAAGGCGUCAUGGAUAUUCAACUGAUGGAAUGCGCAUUGCGAAAGAACAUGUACAAGGAUCAGUCGCGGAGAGAGUUGUUCAGCUUAGGAGACUGCGCCGAACGAGGCUUGUCAGCGGUGCCGCCGUUACCAGUGACGUCCGACAAGAUAAAGCAAUGGAAAUACACAGCAAUCCAUGCGAGCCAUAAGCUGGAGGUCAAGAAAGGAGGUUCUGAAACGGUUUGGAGUAUUUGGCGUCCCAUCUUCCCGCUACGGACGUACACGUCGACGCAGGUGCAGAUCUUGGCGUUGCUCUGCGAAUACUAUUGGAAAAGAAUGGGCGAUGAUGAGAAGAAAGAUGUGUCCCUCAUGUCCUCGAAAAGGGUGAUGGAAAGCCUAGAACUGAAACGCGAGCCUCGGGAGGUGGAAAGGAUGUUACCGUGGUGGGAUUCUGGGAUGGUAGAAAACGAAGUCGCGAAAGUCCGCGCUGAACGACAGCUCACGAUAAAUUAGAGCGACAGCGAAGAUCUGGCGGAACUCUAUACCAAGAGGGCUACGGAAAGUGAAGUGCCUAAGGUGACUGAGGGUGAAGUGCCGGAGGCGGCUGAGAACACCAGGAAGCCGGCGGGGGUGGUCGAUACUCCACACAAGCCCUCUCUACCCAGGAGGGUGCAGGCCUUGAAGUCUU